UCCUGAACAUCACAAGUGUAGCUGACAUGAGACACCACUGGGAUUGGCUGACCAUGUUCAAGACAAUUAUGCACACGGAUAUUUCCACUGGCUGAAAAUGGCUGGUUUUUUUAUAGGGAUAUAAAAAAAACACUUAUUUAUAAGCUCUACAGUGCUCUGCAACAUAUUUAACCACACUUAUUGUGACCUAACCCAUUAGGUCACUGUAAGGAGUGAGUUGCAGUUUAACCUGGACCAGAGACAUAUACUUUAAAAUAAACAGCAAAAGGAGGGGAAAGGGAAAAUAAAAAAGUGCGGGAAAGCAAACCGAAAUCGAAUGGCAGUCAACGUUUACUUUACAUCUUCGACCAGCGACAACCUGAGCCGCCACGACAUGUUGGCCUGGGUCAACAACUCUCUCAAGUUCAACUACACCAAAAUCGAGCAGCUGUGUUCGGGCGUGGCCUACUGCCAGUUCAUGGACAUGCUGUUCCCCGGCUCCAUCACUCUGAAGAAAGUCAAGUUUCUGGCCAGGCUCGAGCACGAGUACAUCCAGAACUUCAAACUGCUGCAGGCGGCCUUCAAGAAGAUGCAGGUGGACAAGGUCAUCGCGGUGGACAAGCUGAUGAAGGGCAAGUUCCAGGACAACUUCGAGUUCCUACAGUGGUUCCGCCGCUUCUUCGACGCCAACUACGACGGUCGGCCGUACGAGCCGGUGGCCGCCCGCCAGGGCCAGGAGGCGGGCUCGUCUCCCGGCGCCUCGGGCCUACACUUCAACAAGCCCAAGAAGACGCUGAGCACUCUGAGCGCCGCCUCGGGCCCGGACAAGAAGGACAAAGCCGUGCGGUCGUCAUCGUCGGGGACCUCGCUGCUUCGCUCCAAGGCCGCCCCGAAGUCGGGCGGCGGCGUGACGGCGGCGUCGGUGCAAUCUCCCGCCAAGAGCGCCGUAACGGCCGCCGGCGCCGCGGACAACAACAACAACAUGGCGGGCAAUGGCGACGCUCAUGUGGCCGAGCUGGCCGAGCAAGUGAGGGCCUUGAAGAGCGACCUGCUGGAGCUGGAGAAAGAACGGGACUUUUACUACGGAAAGCUGAGAAGCAUCGAGAUGAUCUGCCAGGAGAACCAGCAGGAAGAUAACGGGCUGGUCCAGCAACUGGAGAAGGUGCUCUACUCCAUCGAGGACGGUGUCAACCCCCGGGAGGCCGCCAUUGAGCAGCCUGAGGAGCCAGAGGAAUAUUAACAGGUUUCCCUGGAAGUGGUGGAGGUAGACUCAAAGUGCUGUUUGAUUGGGAGUUCCAGCUUUGACCCAGCCACAUUGACAGAGAGACAGUGUUAAUCGUUGACUUUUGCACUGACCUAUAAGGCAGUCAAGCCAGUUGGACUAAAGCAUGUGGUUCUCGUUUGGUGGCUUUAGCCCAUGGGGUAAUUGGGGUAAUCCCUCUCCUUACUGAAAAACCAAGUUUAUAUAUCUGCAGACAGGUUAAUGCCACUGAUAUCUCCACAGCUUGGUUGAAAGUGGCUAGAUAAGGAAGAUAACAUUUUCAUCUGCAAUGCCUUUGGCCAUGAGUCAUUGAAUGAGUUUGUGUUUUGUUGAUGUUAGCUGUAGUUCAUUCAGUCCUCUGAAUUCCAGGUCAGAAUGUUUCAAGCUCCAUUCAAAUAUCUAUGCACGUAAUCCAGGCUGACCUUUCACUGUACUACUGAGGGAGUAUUGCACUGUUCUAGUUGGUAUCUUGUGAAGGAAUAAUUCCCAAAGUAGGGACUGAUGGUCCUGUUGCGCACUUUUUUUGAAUUUUCUUUGUUGUACUGAUAAAAAGCAAAGUGGCAAAUGGAGAUUAAAUGUUCAGCGUAUCCUGCUAUAAGAACAAAGAUUGUUCUGUUAUUGACCCGACACUGAGUACUACACAUGGUUUGCACAGAAUUAAAUUUUAUAACAAAGGAUCUGAGGAGAAGACAGACAGGGGCAACAGAACGUCAGUAUUAUGAAUGAAGUACGUGCUGGAUAAAUAAAACUUUUUUUUUAAAACCUUGCAUUUAAAAAGAAAAGCCUUUCACAACUUCAGAACAUCCCAAUGUACUUUACAGUUAAUGAAAUAAUUUUGAAGCUUAGUCACUUUUUCAAUGUAGGAAUGCAGCAACAAAACUACAAAUAGGAAGCUCCACUGAGCAAUGUGACAGAUAAUCUAUUGUAGUGGUAUCCGUUAAUAAGUAUAUCUUUGCCAAAGCACAGAAGAAAUAUCUCCAUACUCUUCUUCAAAGAAUGUCGUGGGGUUUUACUCCAUCUACCUCUGAGGGCAGACUGCCUCCAAUGUAAGUUCUCAUUUGAAAGGUAGCCCUUCCAAAGGUGGUGUCUUUUAGAAGAAAAUGUUCUUUCUUUGUCUGGUGAACACCCUGCUGUAACAUAUCGAAAUAAAUGCUUUUCAACUUGAA